AUGCCUGUUGUUGUCCCCAGCCUUGUUUGUGUAGGCUGCAAGGCCAAGACAGCAAACACAGCACAUCCGGGAGCCUCCCAGGGUGACUACGGGGAUUCCCCCAGGACCAGCCCCCACCAGCAGCUCCUUCCUGACCCCCUAGUGACCACUGGCUCCUUCCUUCUGGAGGGGGGCCCACAGGCCCCAGGAGCAUAUAAGGGGCAGAUAACAGGCGCCCGGGUGCAAGACUCCCAGAGCAGACUCUCCUACCAGAGCCUGGUACAUCAGCCAGAAGUCAUGCUGCUCUUGCUUACCCUUGCCCUGCUGCUGAGCCCUACCUGCUGGGCACAAGUUGGCAAAGCCUUCACCACGCCUGUGUGCAAUGAGGCGGAAAUCAAGGGAAUCCGGGUGGCAGUGAACCUUGUUGGCAACAUUAUAAGCCUCCAGGUAAAACUGGGAGACCACUGGGAUGUUGUCCAUGGCCAUCGAGGAGGGACUGUCACGGAAUUCCUCCUGGACAAAGACGAGUACAUCACUGAGGUCCACGGCUCCCAGAAGGUCAACCUCCGGUACCUGCUCCUAUGCACCAGCCACGACCGCUGUGCCGCGUUCGGGAAGAAUGACGGCCGGCAGUUCUUUGCCUUCCCCCCAGUGACAGGCCAGGUGCUCAAGAGCAUCAGUGGCUUGGUUGGACCCAUCGCCUUGAAGAACCUUAACUGGAGAUGGGGUGAUGCACAAGCUCAACCAACCACUGCACCAGCCAACGGAGCCACUGGCACUCCAUCACCAGCAUAGGAUCUGGCCGAGGCCUCACGCUGGGCCACAGACACACCUGCUAAGGCUGCCUGGGUAUGGAAGGAUGUCCUGACAGUACUGGGGUAGCCAAGUGGGAAUUCUGAAUCCACUAAUAAUUAAAGCUUCUGCAGGAACAGU